GCUAUAAUUGUUACCCCCUCUUACCCCACAUACCUGAUGUGAUUGGUCAUUCGAUUUGUUUCGGUCCCUGGUUGUCUCAUGAAUAAGUCAGCUCGAAGAAUACAAAUAAAAAUGUUUCUUCGCUCGCUCGUCAGUCGUCGCCUGCAAAGCGUCUUUUGAGGAGAGUACAAAAAAUUCACGAGUUGAUGACCGGUAAUUUUUGAAAGGCUUGAACCACUCAACCCUGGUGCACGUCAUGGACUUGGACCUCGUACUGGCCAUCGUCUCGACGUUUGCUGUUCUCCAGUGCGUCCAAGCGUUACCUCGAAAUGAAAUACUAGUUAGUGACAACUGCGAUGUCCUGAUAAAAGCCGGGUUCGACGUCUUCCGAUGUACGACCUCCGCGUAUGCUGAUCGGGCGGAAUGCGUACCCCGUGGUCAUCGAUCUGGUGGGCGAAUGCGUCUUCGACGACCAGGAAGCUUCGAUCCUAUGAACCGAGUAUGUGAUUCGAAAUUAGACUGCAAAGACGGUUCCGAUGAAAUGCUCAACGAAUGUACUAAAUUGCACAAAGAAUACUGUGUCAACGAGCUGGAGAAGGAGGUCGAUGGCGAGUAUCUUGAUUCUUUCCAUUGCUACGACGAGGGUGACGUCGAGGGCCCCGCGUCGCUCUGCGUCUCCGAGUGUCAGAUGUGCGACGGCGUCAGGGACUGCCCGAACGGCGCCGAUGAAUUGGAUGCCAACUGCCAAAAGAUGAGACCAAUGCCAUUUGCGUGUGAAUUAUUCUAGAACAAAUAAUUAGGCAAUUUAUUUCGAAUUUGCCUGAUUUUUUUGUACAGGCUGUCCUACAUUUAUUAUCAUAGACGUCCACAUUGGAUAGCAUAAUUAGCACAAGUCCGUGGUAACAAUUUUCAACGGCCAGUCAAAAUCAAGAAUUCCGUGGGAGUUGCAACUGAAUGGUAAAAUUACCAUGAUAGCCACUUUUAUGCAAGGAUGCCCUGCUUCGAAUGUCAAAAUUACCACAAAAAAAUAACACUUUUUGAUUCCCUUUUGGAUCAUGACUGUGACGCCACAAUUGAUUUAGUGGGGCAAAAAGAAGCUGCUAUUUGAUUUGUGUAACUUUCAAUGGCGUAUGAAAGGGGUGUCAAGAGGACGUGUGCCCCCUCGUCACUUUCCGGGGUUUCAAAGAUGGACAUUCAAGGAAGAAGGAACGAUUGAGAGGGAUGACAAACUUCAAUUUGUUGCAAAAACUGAAGAUGUCAUAGGCCUACUUACACAAGAAAUAUAGGAGAGUGCGAUUUCAGCACCACCCCUCCCUUGCGUUAAUUAAUGUUUAAUGGGAUUUUACUGUGAUUUUUAAGGCACUGAUUAACAAUAAUGCCAAGGUUACGCGUUACACUAUCAUCUGUCUGUGAUCAUUAGGAAAUAAACAUUGUAAAUAAAAAUA